GUUUGUGCGAACCGCGUCAGAUCCGCUGUGAGUGUAGAUGGGUGUGUGAGACUCCGAUACCCCGCAACCCGCUCAAAAUAAACCCGGGGACACGUUAAAGCACAUAUACGGCUGCCUGUCCGCGGGAGAGGAGGAGCAGCGGGAGGUUUCGCUUCCUGGAGAGCCUCUCUGCGAGGGGGAAUCGAGCCGGGCCAUGGCGCGGGACUAUGAUUACCUCUUCAAGCUGCUCAUCAUCGGCGACAGCGGUGUUGGCAAAAGCAGUUUACUGCUGAGAUUUGCUGAUAACACAUUUUCAGGUAGCUACAUCACCACGAUCGGUGUGGACUUCAAGAUUCGCACGGUGGAGAUCAACGGGGAGAAAGUCAAGCUGCAGAUUUGGGAUACAGCGGGACAGGAGAGAUUUCGGACGAUCACCUCCACGUACUAUAGAGGCACUCACGGCGUUAUAGUGGUUUAUGACGUCUCCAGCGCCGAGUCGUUCGUGAACGUCAAACGCUGGCUUCAUGAAAUCAAUCAAAACUGUGACGACGUCUGUCGAAUAUUAGUGGGUAAUAAGAAUGACGAUCCCGCCUCUAAAGUGGUGGAGACCAAUGACGCGCAGAAGUUUGCUGAGCAGAUGGGCAUCCGACUGUUUGAGACCAGCGCCAAAGAGAACGUCAACGUCGAGGACAUGUUCAACUGCAUCACUGAGCUCGUCCUGAAGGCUCGGAAAGAGUCUGUGGCCAAACAGCAGCAGCAGAGCGAAGUCGUCAAACUGAGUAAGAGCAGCAAACGCAAGAAGAAAUGCUGCUAAUGGACCGGACUCAUGUAUAUACACACACACACACCUUUAGAGAGCCAAUCGACGAAACGCCACUGAACUGACAAGAGCCAGACGGCUUAACACACUUAAACCAACCCGCCAGAGACUAGUAUUGAUAGAGAUUUACUAAUGAUGAGCCCGUUUUGGACGCCUACAGACUCCGAUGUUUUAGCAGGAUUGGAUUCCAGUGGCGCCGCACUUCAUCGUUGUCUUUUUUUUCCCAGAAGACGCUCGGAAGAUCUGCCGCAGGAAUUGUAAAAUAGAGAAUGAAAUGCUCGUCAUUGUCUGCGUUUCGCGUCGCUGUGGAGUCAAAGCAACGAGGCCAAAUGUGUUCCAAUGACGUACCAAUCAGGACCACGUAUAAGUUGGGGAACAUCAUGAAAUUUCCCGUAUUUUCAUGCUACGGACCAAACCUGCGCUGCUCUGCCAAUUACCAAGAGACACUUGUUUAGCCUUUUGCUUUCUCUUUUGUCUUUCAUUUUUGUAAAACUGUAUUUUUUUACUAACAGAUUAUACAAUCAAACACACAGUAGCGUUUAGUGAAUCUGGUGCCAUUGACUGAAAGUUAUUAUAUUUACGGAGCUGGGAGGAAAUGCUCAAUCUCAUGAAAGUGCGGAUUUAAAGGAGUAAUUAAUGCAGAAAUUAAUUAGCCGAAAAUGUGCUCACCCUCAGGCAAUCCGAGAUCAGGAUGAGUUUGUUUCUUCAUCAGAUUUGGAGAA